AUGGCAAUGAUCUGGAUCCUAUCCUGCCUGGCCCUGCUCAGUGGAGCCUAUGGCUGCGGUGUUCCCGCCAUCAGGCCCGUUGUCACCGGCUAUGCCAGGAUUGUGAAUGGUGAGACUGCCGUCUCUGGAUCUUGGCCCUGGCAGGUGUCUCUGCAGUACACCUCUGGAUUCCACUUCUGUGGUGGCUCCCUGAUCAACAGUCUCUGGGUUGUCACCGCUGCCCACUGUGGAGUCACAACUUCCCACCGUGUUAUUCUGGGUGAACAUGACCGCUCCUCCAACGCUGAGCCCAUCCAGACCUUGUCUGUCGGCAGAGUCUUCAGACACCCCCAGUACAACUCCGUAUCCAUCAUCAAUGACAUCACCCUGAUCAAGCUGGCCAGUCCCGCUACCUUCAACAACCGCGUGUCCCCAGUUUGCCUUGCUGCCGGCGUUGAUGUCUUCAAUGGAGGAGAAAGAUGCGUCACCACCGGAUGGGGAUACACCAGCGCCGCAACACAAACCACCCCAGCUAGGCUCCAGCAGGCAUCUCUUCCUCUCCUGACCGUCAGCGACUGCCAGAGAUACUGGGGAAGCAAUAUCCAGCCCACCAUGAUCUGCGCCGGUGCCUCCGGUGUCUCCUCCUGCAUGGGUGACUCUGGUGGACCCCUUGUGUGCCAGAGGAACGGAGCCUGGACCCUGGCCGGUAUUGUGUCCUGGGGCAGCUCUUCUUGCUCUACCUCUACCCCUGCUGUCUACGCCCGUGUCACCGUUCUCAGGGCCUGGGUGGACCAGACUGUUGCAGCUAACUAAAU